CCUAAUGUCAAAAGAACCCGCGGCAGGGAAGAGGAGAGGAGGGGGUCCCAAGAACAGAACACCACCGUUCCCUCGCCGGGGCGUCCAUCCGCAACGAUCUGCAGCCAUGGCGAUGGCUUACAAGAUGGCGACGGAGGGGAUGAACGUGAAGGAGGAGUGCCAGCGCUGGUUCAUGGAGAUGAAGUGGAAGAAGGUGCACCGCUUCGUGGUGUUCAAGAUCGACGAGCGGUCGCGCGCCGUGCUGGUGGACAAGGUGGGCGGCCCCGGCGAGGGGUACGAGGAGCUCGUCGCCGCGCUGCCCGGCGACGACUGCCGCUACGCCGUCUUCGACUUCGACUUCGUCACCGUCGACAACUGCCAGAAGAGCAAGAUCUUCUUCAUCGCCUGGUCGCCGGCGGCGUCGAGGAUCCGAGCCAAGAUCCUGUACGCGACGUCGAAGCAAGGCCUGCGGCGGCUGCUGGACGGGGUCCACUACGAGGUGCAGGCCACCGACCCCUCCGAGAUGGGCUUCGACGUCAUCAGAGGCCGCGCGCAAUGAAGCCGCUCCCGGCCUCCCCUACGUGUGUGUGUGUGUGCGCUUGUGCCCGUCUCCUGUCACCACUACUCACUGCUGCGUGUCUGAUCGAUCGGCCGGAUGCUAAUUGGCGUUGGUGUGUGCUCCCGUAGCGUCGAUGAUGCCAUCUGACGAGAGGGUUCGUGUGUGUGUGAUCCAGUAGAGUUUUGGUGUGUUUGCUUUGGCUCUUCGGUGUGCUGAUGGUGUGUAAUGGAUGGAGUAGACGAAGCUGAGGGAGUGGCAGCGGAUUAAUGAAACGUCCAUCUCCGCGACGUAGAAUUCCACUGAACAAUUGCUCCUGUACAAUACGAUAUGGUGCUUCGGAUUUGGUUGUUGCGUUCUUCAGGCAGUGCAAAUUACUUGGCCUCCUUACCCGAAAAAAAGAAGAUUAUUUGGCC